CGAAUUUAUACUAAAAUAAAAUAGAGCUGAAUAGUCUUUUUAUUUCAAUUCCAAUUUCAUCAAGUUUUCUCAGUAAAUGGCGGACGAAGAAGAUCCUUGGGGGUUCGAUGAUGGUGGAGAUGCUGAACCUGCAAGUCAACCUGCUGCUGCUAUCGAAGUUAUACCAUCAAAGCCUGAAAGUGUAAUCUCUGAACAUAAAUCGGAAAUAUCCCAGCAAAUGGAGCUUGGGUUGGAACAAGAAAAUGUAGUACAGACCGAUCUUGAUGUUAAGGCACCUCCACCUCCACCAGAAGAUGAUGGCUACAGGAAACCAGUUCAACUAUAUCGACAUUGGGUCAGACCCAAAUUUCUUCAGUACAAAUAUAUGUACAAUUAUAGAACUAAUUAUUACGACGAUGUAAUAGAUUAUUUGGAUAAAAAACAGGUUGGUGAAGCACGGGAUAUUCCUAGACCUCAGACAUGGGCAGAAAGGGUUCUCCGGACACGCAACAUUAACGGAAGCGGUGUUGAAUCGUUUAAUCAAUCCACAAAGCGGGAUAGACAAUUAAUUCAGACAUUGGCUGCAUCCAUUAGAACAUAUAACUACCAUACUAAAGCGUAUAUAAAUCAGAAAUAUGCAAAUGUGCUUUAAAUAUUUAAAAGGCUAUAAACUACAAUUGAGCUAAAAAUAAUACAGUAGAUUUAUUAAGUUAGACGAAAUAAUGAGAGUAUUGCAAAUAUAUAUGGUAAGCUUUAUUGGUUUCACUUUUAAGAACGAUAGAAAAUCAGUAAAACGUACGAUGAAUUUUAAAUAGCAUCCUUAUUAAGUGUAUUAUCUCACUAAGCUAUUCAAUUCAUAUUCAUAUGCUUAAGCUAUAUAGAUCCAUAUUUGUGAAAAAAACGUAUAUGCCAUUUUCCGAAACCUAAAAUAUUAAAUUUGAAUUCUAUAUAUUUACGGAGAUAUUGGCCUGUCAAUUAUAACGUAAGCGACAAAACUACAUCGACAUCAUCUAAAUUUGUUUAUUCGAUUAAAAAUUUAUGGAAAAUGUAUUUCAUAAGGAAAUCAAAAAAGUCAAAGACACUUUCAACGAAAGCGACGAAGAGAUAUUUGUUUAAUUUCGUAAUUUUCAUAUGUGAACCUGCAAAUAUAAUUACUUCAAGCCAUAUUACGAAAAAUUAAGACAAAAAAAUUUAAAAAAGAUUAAAAAAAAACUAGAAACAAAGAUGUAAAUUAAGCUGACGUAAAAACCACCUGCAAAAAUUACUUAAGAGCCAAAAGGUUGCGUAAAUGAAACGGAUAUAUAAUUAUUAGACCUUAAAUAGACUCCCCAAGUAAGACCUCCUGUAAAAUUAAUAUUUUGCACAUCGUUAUUGACGCAAAUAGGGUUCCACAUGCUUUACAUAGUUAUACGGCAAGUAAAUAAAGCUAUUAUAAGUUACUUAAACUAUUGUGCAAUCAAAUAUAAAUUUUACUUGGUAAUAAAGAAAGAUAAACAGCAAAAA